AUGAUGAUGCUACAGCAUCUGCCACCGUCCCACACGUUCGUUGGAAGUGCGGCCGCUUCGACCGCCUCCACUUCCGGUGCUGAUCCCGCCUCGUCGCCCUCUCCACCGGCUCCUUCCGACACGCCGGCUGCCACAUCCGCAUCGCCCUGUCCAUCGCCGGUAUCCGUUUCCGAAGCCUCACCAGCCUCGCCUGGUCCUCAACCGAGUCGAAUCAUUAUGCGUCAUCAUCGUCAUCACCAGCCGCCAUCAUCACCGACGCCCGAUGCCGACGAACCGGCACAAGGUGGUUCGAGUCGACACAGUCCGGUCCGAUCGCCAGCUCGAUCUCGAUCACGCUCAAGAUCCCGGUCCAGUGAGCGACCAAACACACCACCCACUGUGGCCCUUCCGGUGGAGCCAAUCCGACCGGCCGUAAUCCGUUACAUCAAGGAAGAGCUCCGCCCAGGAUCCGUCAUCCGGCGUCAUUCAGUCUCCGAGGACACGCCACCGGCAAUGGACGUCGAUCAACGGCUUCCGAUAGAGGCCUCCCAGGACUCGACACCUCGCCAGCGACACUACAGUGCCGAGACGGGUAAUGAAGCAGAUGAUGACGAGGAUGAGGACGAACCGAAACGAUCGGCAGGAUAUCGACGAUCUGCGCCUUCGACGGAACAGCGGCUCUAUCACAAGGUGAGACGUGACUCGCGUAGUUCUCGACCUGCUGGAACCGAUCAGGAAGACUCGGAUUACAGCGAGCGCAGUCAGGCGAGUGAGGGCGUUGACACACCCCAUCCGAGGUCUGAAGGACUCGCUAAGGACGAUGAAGGUGAAUCAGAGAGGCUGCGAUUGGCGCGCCACCCAGCCCGAUUUGCCAUCCGGCCGAAAACGGAAGCCUUCGAGGAUGAGGAGGAGGACGACGAAGAGCGCGAGGAUGACGAGGAAGAAGACGAAGAGCUGGAGGAAGAAGAAGAGGAUCUGGACGCACCUCUCGAUCUGUCGAUGAAGAUCAAGCGACGGCCAAGGAGCGGUUCUAUCACGGAUGACUCGGACGACUCCACCGGACCGGACUACGCAGGACAUCACAAUCGCGGUCCCGAAAGCGCCGCGUACAAGAAGAGUCUAAUGAAGCGCUACCUGGACACCGAGAUACCGAUCCUGCCGCAGUCACCGAGUCCACCACCGCAGCAACGUUCGUCCCUGGCUGGCCAAACCCAGCAGGCCGCCGGAUUACUGGCCACAACGCUUCAGCCGUCUCAGCAACAUAGGCCUCUGCUACAUGGACUCCUCAGCGGUACGCAUAUACCGCAGGGUCCUUAUCACCGCGGCUACAGCACGUCUAGCACAGGUUCCCUGCCACCGAGUCCUGCCGACAGUGGCGUGUCUGAUGUGGACAGCUCAAGCAGCGGUGGCCAACCGGCCUGCAGUGACGAGUUGAAGGCACGCCUUGGCAUUCCGACCAGCAGCACUGGUCCAGGCAGCAACACCGGUCAGCAGCCAUCCCACCAGCAGCAGCAGCAGCAGCAACAACAACACCAGCAGCCCCAGCAUCACCACCAGCAACCACAUCACCAGCCAACAGGACAACAUCAGCAUCCCCAGAGCCAGCAGCAACAUUCGGUACACUCGAACGGUGGUGCCGGCUCACCGACCAUCAAUGGGGCCGGUUCGUCGCUUGCCUCUUCGUCAGCUCUCUCACAGGUCGCAGCAGCCGCCGUGGCUGCCGCCGCAACCCAGCAACACCUGCAACAGCAGGCCGCCCACCUACAGUCGGGUCCGUUCCUGCGGCCGAACUUCUACCAUCACAGCUCGCCGCCUCUUCGCAACAUCUGGAACCAGCGGACUGUACCACUGUCGGACAACUAUCACUACCUGCAUUCGAUGAACUCACCGACCGGCUAUCCCUCCGCGGCUGCCGCAGCCGCUGCCGUUGCCGCGAACCACUUCGCUGCAGGAACUCCCGCAGGAGGCAACGGUUCCACAGGAGCAGGAGGGAGCGCUGGGGGAGCGGGUGGUAUGGGUCGUGGUGCCAACGGAGCAGGUCCUUUACCCGCAACGAAUGGCACCACCAUGGGUCACCCCCACAGCCACCUUGGCCCACACCACGCAGCUGCCGCCCAUCACCAUGGACACCUGGCUCAGCAACAUGGAGCCCUUGGAGGACACCACGGAGGACAUGGAGGUGCGGGACCGGGACACGUGGGAGCAGGAGGCUCCUCAGCCGCCGCCGCUGCUGCCGCCCUUAUGGCAAACGGACUGGGUCUAAACGGACUCGGCCAUCACGGACAACAUGGGCCACACAGCGUGUCCUCGAGCUGUCAGGACGAUCUGUCGUACAUGCUGGAACUCGGGUUUCCACCACGCAAGCUCAAGAAACCGAAGAAACCGAAGCUCGAGCUGGGAGUGAAGCGAAAGUCACGCGAAGGAUCCACCACGUACCUGUGGGAGUUCCUGUUGAAGCUGCUGCAGGAUCGCGAGUAUUGCCCGCGAUUUAUCAAGUGGACGAAUCGAGACAAGGGUGUGUUCAAGCUCGUCGAUUCGAAGGCGGUCUCGAAGCUGUGGGGCAUGCACAAGAACAAACCGGACAUGAACUACGAGACGAUGGGACGUGCCCUGCGUUACUACUACCAACGGGGUAUCCUGGCGAAGGUGGAUGGCCAGCGGCUGGUCUAUCAGUUCGUGGAUGUGCCGAAGGACAUCGUUGAGAUUGACUGCACGGGCGCCUGA